AAACAAGGGUUCUGCCCGGAAGAAAGAUGGCAGCCUAGGGCGGCGGAAAAAGACAUGCCCCGAACGACGAAGAUGCCUGCGCGACGAGAGGAACCGGAAGCGGGACUGGCGGCAGCACGGGUGCGCGCGGUCGGCGCGAGAACGCGCUGGGCGGCGCGGGUCCGGGUAUGAAGCUGGGCCGGGCUGCGCUGGGCCUGCUGCUGCUGGCGCCUUUGGUGGUGCGGGCGGUGGAGCCCAUCAGCCUGGGUCUAGCCCUGGCCGGCGUCCUCACCGGCUACAUUUACCCACGCCUCUACUGCCUCUUCACCGAGUGCUGCGGUCAGAAGCGGAGCCUCAGCCGGGAGGCGCUGCAGAAGGAUCUGGACAACAAGCUCUUUGGACAGCAUCUUGCAAAGAAAAUCAUCUUAAAUGCUGUGUCUGGUUUCAUAAACAACCCAAAGCCCAAGAAGCCUCUCACCCUCUCCCUGCACGGGUGGACAGGCACUGGCAAAAAUUUUGUCAGCAAGAUCAUCGCAGAGAAUAUUUACGAGGGUGGUCUGAACAGUGACUAUGUCCAUCUGUUUGUGGCCACACUACACUUUCCACAUGCUUCGAACAUCACCCUGUACAAGGAUCAGUUACAGUUGUGGAUUCGAGGCAACGUGAGUGCUUGCGCGAGGUCCAUCUUCAUAUUUGAUGAAAUGGAUAAAAUGCACGCAGGCCUCAUCGAUGCCAUCAAGCCCUUCCUAGACUAUUAUGACCUGGUGGAUGGGGUCUCCUACCAGAAAGCCAUCUUCAUGUUUCUCAGCAAUGCUGGCGCAGAAAGGAUCACAGAUGUGGCUCUAGAUUUCUGGAGGAAUGGAAAGCAGAGGGAAGAAAUCAAGCUCAAAGACAUUGAGCAUGCCUUGUCUGUGUCAGUCUUCAAUAACAAGAACAGUGGCUUCUGGCACAGCAGCUUAAUUGACCGGAACCUCAUUGAUUAUUUUGUCCCCUUCCUCCCGCUGGAGUAUAAGCACCUAAAAAUGUGCAUCAGAGUUGAAAUGCAGGCCCGAGGCUAUGAAAUUGACGAGGACAUUGUCAGCAGAGUGGCUGACGAGAUGACAUUUUUCCCCAAGGAGGAGAGAGUUUUCUCUGACAAAGGCUGCAAAACCGUGUUCACCAAGUUAGAUUAUUAUUACGAUGACUGACAGCCUGGGAGUCUGCUCCGAGUUGAAGAAACAGCACUUAGUGCCUCGCCAUGCCUCCAGGCUCCUUUCCCCGGGAGAGGAGUGAAAGGAACGUUCCAGUCCCCGUGUUAGGGCGCUCAUCAGGACCUUAGGACCAUGGACGUGGAUGCAAAGCCUCCAGAGCUUUCUGGGCUCCCAGCACGCUCAUUCCAGGGGUCAUGAUUUUUUUUUUUUUUUUGAGACAGAGUUUCACUAUUGCCCUCA